AUGAUCUGCCGCCAAUGCCUCAGAAGGGCCUCCGCCCUCACGCGGCAACCCUUCAUCGCCUCCGCCCGCACCAUCUCCACCUUCCCGGCUCGCCUCAAUGCCUCCGGGGAGGCUCCUAAGCUCUCCACUCCAACGACAGAACCCGGCGAAGAGCUCGCGAAGCCCGCUCCCGCCGCCGAGCCUAAGUCGUCUUGCGCGGCUGGAACGGUCCUUACGGGGCUGAAUUACUUUAAGAACAAGCAGGACCCAGUGGCGCUUCCCGACGAUCAAUACCCCGAGUGGCUGUGGAGGUGUCUCGAGUAUCCCGAGAAGGUCAACGCGGCUGAAGACGGCGCAGCUGAUGAAUUCUCCAAAUCCAAGAAGCAACGACGACUCGCCGCCAAGAAGCAGAGGCAGCUCGAGGCCAGGAUCCUCGCAACUGGCGACGUCGAGGCCCUAGCCCCCAAGAUCCCCCUGCAGCACCAGACCCUUAAUCUUGCCCAUGGAGGAGAGGGAGCUCUUUCGGAUGUAUUGAAGUCAUCUUCCAAGCGCGCCGAGUUGCAGAAGGCCAUGAGGAGGGAGCGCAAGUCCCAGAUCAAGGAGGCCAACUACCUCAAGUCUAUGUAA